GCAACAACGGUGAGGCUCAGAGUGUAAACAGUGGCGUCCAGGUGGCAGAGAGGGCCGCCGCUGUCCACCAUGGAGGGCAUACUGUAUAAAUGGACCAAUUACUGGAAUGGAUGGCAGCCAAGAUGGUUUAUUUUAGAUCAAGGCGUUUUGGCAUAUUACAAAUCACAGGAGGAAGUAAACCAGGGAUCUAAAGGAUCGGUGAAACUCUCGGCAUGUGAGAUUUUAGUACACCCAACUGAUACAAUGAGGAUAGAUAUUGUGAUUCCUUACGAGCAGCACUUUUAUCUCAAGGCCCCUUCCCCACAUGAACGUCAUGCUUGGCUAGUAGCCCUUGGCAGUGCCAAAGCUGGCAUUCCUCCAUCGAUACCCCAACCAAAAAUUGAGAAAGAGCAGGAACCAGAUAAUGUGAAAGCUAAAAAGUCAGAAUUACGAUUGACUUGUGACCUUCUGAUGAAGCAGGUCUACAGUGUCAAAACAGCAGCCAAUAACCCUGAUGGACCUGAUCUUGAGAAACUAGAUGAAUCGACAAUUCUACUGUCAGCUACAUGUGAUACUUUCAUACACACACUAGAGGAAUGUAUGAAGUUGUCCAACACUUCACCCACACCACAACUCACUGGAGACACACACCCUCCUCCCAUCACCCUCCUCAAGGAGAGGAAAAUCUGCAGUACUUCCACACCAAUAUCCACAAGACAGAACUCCAUGGAAAGAAGAACAGAAUGAUGGAGAUAUAAUAUAUGAAGAAAUUAAGUUUUCUAUAUAGAAUUGUGUUCAUGCCAAGAAAUGGGGAACAUUACUGCUGUACUGUACUUGUAAACACAACACUGUUUUGUGUCUGGAAGUUUCCAUACAGAUGUCAGUCUGAAUUUCAUGUUUUAAACAUGAUCAUUUGUAAAAUUAAUUCCUAAACUUUGUCUAGUCUGCAUAACUGCAUAUCAGAACAGUAAUUAAAUCUUUGCAUUAGAAUAUAAAUUAAUUUGGAUUAUGGCAAACCAUAACAAGAUAAAAGUAUUUUGUCAUUUAAACUUCAUCAUCAUCAUGGGUCCCCAAAAGGCUUCAUAUAUAUAUGAUAAAUGAUGGAACAAAAUUUUUGGCUAUGGGUUUUGUAUUGAGAUACAGAAUAUUCCACUAUUUACAAAUUUAUCUAUGAAGAUUGCCUACCCAUCAACAUGAACAGCAUGUGUGUGUGAAGCCAUGGUCAGCUUUAUUCUCCCAUAUUGCUCCAGUUUUAAAGUCUCCAAGAUAUUUCCCAUGUUACCUGCUUUUCUUUGUACAGUAAAUAAUUAAACCAAAGCUACACUAAUUGAGGAGAAUAUCAUUAUUUUGUAAUAAUUUUAUUGCAGAAAUUAAACUUGUGCAGUUAUUGAACAUUGAAAUUAGAUUAAAUCAUGAACAUACUAAUUAUUUAUUUUAAUUAAUGCAGUGCAGUAUUGUUUUCAUGUAAAAAAAAAGAAUAACAAAUCAGAUUUAAUUCUGUUUAUAAAUAUUUUUGUUGAUCAGUGGUACUUUCUCAACGUACUGUAUUGUACCAUAAAUUAUCCCAAAUAUCCUGAUUGAAACAAUCAUGAAAAUCAAAAUGUGUUUUUAAUAUUAUACCACAGUACAGUACAUAUAUAACUCUUAAGCUGCAGCAUUUCUGAGUAACCUAUCCACACAUGCAGCAAAACAAAUGUUUAUUUUUAUUUAAAGCAAUAGAUUGUUAUUUAAAUGAACCAAGACUUUGCAUCACUGGCUGUAUGCUGCAAAGACAGUGUUUUUAUCUACAAUGACAAUCUACAAUGUUAUUUACAUUAACCAAGAAAUUUUGUUACAUAAAUCAUUAUUUUUUAGAAAUCACUUGAAUAUUGAGUGUAGUUUCUAGUUAUUUAUGUUGGUUAUAUUUGUUUAAGCAAGAGUUUGUUUUCAAUAGGGUAAGUUAUGUCUUGAAGACCUCAAUUUUCUUCUGAGGUAACCGUUCAUUAGUUUAAUUGUAACCAGUCUUUCAUGAGUGAAAUUACUAAAGAACAGGAUUGCUGGAUUGUGCGUUCCAGCCAGACUCGUUUGUUUACAUGCAACACAGCUUAAGGGUUAUAGAAUCUUAUAGCACCACUUUUAAUACUUUUUUGUACACAUUGUAUUAUUAUUGUUCACUAACAUCUUUUUAAUGAUGUGGGUUUGUAAAAAAAAAUCUAUACAUUAUGGAUGUAUAUACAGAAACACAUAAAAAAGUCAAAUAUUUGUACAGUAGUUAGUAGUAUAAUAGUGUACUGAGUACAAUUUAUUCAGUAUGUAAGAAUUUUUCUGCAUUGAAUAUUUCAGAUGUCCAUUAGAAAAUAGGUGAUUGUUGAUGCAUUACUGUAAUAUAGAAAAAAAAUUGCAUUAUAAUAUUUUUUAGAAUAUUGGUGUGCAUGUUAAAAAAAAUUGAACUGCUAUUGUGUAUUAAAGUGUAUACCGUGUAGCUACUCCAAGGUGAAGUGGAUAAAUUAGUUUUAUUGACUCGUGGUCUUCAUUUUAGCCGGCAUUCAUGUGUGUGCUGGCAAGUUAUUGUUGGUUAAUACAUAACUUGCUGCUCUCUAUGUGGCUGAAGGAGCUUUAAAAACUUUUUUUUGUGCGUGUAACUGUAAUUGAUAUAUGAGCUUGAAAAUAAAUCUGAACAAAUAAUCAAACACUAUAUAUAUACAGUAUAUGAAAUCUGUUAAGUAAAGUUUGGGAUAUAUUUAUGAAUGAUUAAAAAAAAAAUAGCCAUGCAGCGUAAUGGAUGUACAGUACAUAUAUGUAUAUAUUGCCAUAUUGUCUAGUACAAUAUUUGAGCUUUAUUAAGUUUGCUAUAAAAUGGCACACCAUGUUAUAUUUGGGUGCUGGAGUAUUAUCAUGUAUUUGGGAUUUACAGAGAAUUAUCAGCACAUUUUCUGUUUUAUAGUGUUACUAAUUGUGUAUAUAUAACAGAUAUAUAAAUACAACUGAUGCCAAAGGAAAAUCUCUAUGGAACAGUUACUUGAAGUAUUUUCUUUAAUAUGGUAUUUAUUAUAUUUGGGUACAUAAGUUUAAACGGCCUUUUUUUUAAGGUUUAUCUGUGCAUACUGUUAAUCAGAAUUUAACAGCUGUGCAGGUCUUGGUUUUUUUUUAUUAGUUCUGUGUAAUGUGUUUUUGUUGGCUUUCUUAAGCAAAGGCUUUUGGAGUUUUAUAGAAGGAAGUGAAGUACAGUAGGUGUACCACAGAGCUACAGAAGUGUGUACGGAGUCCACACGGGUUGAUGUGGCCAUAAUGUAAUUACUGUAUGUUGUACAUCUUUUCUUUAAAGGUUUAUUAAAUCCAUUUUGACCAAAUUUGCAUAUGUUCUAUUUUUUAAAUUGUAUUUGAAUGAGAGUUAUGAAAUAUGUAAUUUGGUUAGUAUUUAAUCCAUGGUCCAUUUAAUUUUCUAAUUCUUUUUGUAAAGGAUAGUGUGUAUGAAGGUAGUGAAUUAUAGGUAUAUGAUCAUAUAAGUAUAUUUUAUCAAGAUGCUAUAUUAUUUUUAAAGCAUGUGCAAGCUUGCUCUCUGUCUCUCUGUAUGGUCUGUCUGUCUCUCUCUCUCUUUCUUUUUUGUAUCUUUCUCUCACACAGUGAAUCUGCAAUCUUUUUUGCUUGUGUGUGUAUUUACUAUUUGUGCCUGCAGAAUCGAGCUAUUAGCUCCUGGACCCCACCUUUCUAAUCAAUUUAUUUUCCCUCUAUUAUGGCUACUACAUAUAUUUCUCUUUAGCACACACACACA